UGGGCGCGCUGUCGAAACUUGAUUCCCGCAUCUCGCCUUUGUGUGCAUCCACCCCCGAACAUACCCGAACACCACGCUUGGCGGGAAGUUGCCGGCAGUCCGGAGCAGGCCAUCAAAACCUGUCAAACUACUGUUGCUGUUGAAACGCGCGCCGCCGGCUGUGUUUUGGUGUAGGGGCGUGUGCCGACGGCACGACGGUGCGUGAAACUAAAGCGACAGAGCGAUGAGCUUUCUCAAGCACUUCGAUCCGUCGAAGAUUCCUCGAACAAGGGUGGAGCUCCAUCUCCAUUUAGAUGGCUCCAUACGACUGGAGACAAUAUGGGAACUUGCACACAAAAAGAAGAUUGAUCUCGGCUGUUCUUCGAUAGCUGCCCUGAGAUGGCGGCUCCAGAAAGUGGAGUCAUCGUCACUGAAAGACUUUUUGGAUCGCUUUGCAAUAUUUAUGCCAACAAUCGUUGGUGACUUAGAAGCAAUUGAGCGCAUUGCGUACGAGCUGUGCGAAGAUCAGGCCAGAGAAGGUGUUGCAUACUUCGAGGCACGCUACUCGCCGCACCUGCUGGCCUCAAAGGACAAGGGUGUGACAGCAGCGCUGGUCAUCAAAGCGGUCAGCCGUGGCCUCGAAAGGGGAGAACAGAAAUUUAAUGUCAAGGCUCGGUCUAUACUAGUCUCUGUCUGGGGAAAUGACGAAUGGACCAUUGACUGUUUGAGGCUGUGUGAGGAGCACAGUGGCAUUGGUGUUGUUGGAAUUGAUGUUGCAAAGGAUGAAGUGCAGACUCCUGGCUAUACGGCUGUUGAGGCGCAGGUCUUUCAGAGAGCAAAGCAGGUGGGCGUACCAAGAACAGCCCACGCUGGUGAAAGUGGCACUUACACAACUGUUCGAGAUGCCAUCCUCAACCUCAGCUGCGACCGUGUGGGACACGGAUACCGCAUUUUUCAAGAUCCAACCGGCGAGACAUAUCAGUUGGCUCGCAAGCAGAACACUCAUUUCGAAGUGUGUCCUUACUCCAGCGUUCUUUCCGGAGGCUGUCCACUGAGCACCCAGAGGCAUUCGAUAGUCCGCUUUGCCGAGGAUAAUGUCAACUUCUCCAUCAACAAGGACGACAGCACCAUCACAGGAAGCACGCUGGAUGACGAAUAUGCGUUUCUUAAACAACUCGGUCUGACUGAAGCCCACCUUAUAAGAGCGAAUAUAAAUGCUGCGCGAUCGUGUUUCCUGCCUCACAUGGAAAAGGAAGAUCUCCUUCAGCAACUCUUCAGGGAAUACGGAAUUUCAUCUAAGACAGUGGCUUGAU